UUCGGUCUCGUAUUAAAUCACACGUCCUCUCGCGAGAUUUUAUCCUCUGUUCGUUCGAACAUGGCGGCUGCGAUGGACGUCGACACCCCGAGCGGGACAAACAGUGGCGCCAGUAAGAAGAGAUUCGAAGUCAAAAAGUGGAACGCUGUGGCUCUGUGGGCCUGGGACAUCGUGGUGGAUAACUGUGCCAUCUGCAGAAACCACAUCAUGGACCUGUGUAUAGAGUGUCAGGCUAAUCAGGCUUCUGCUACAUCAGAGGAGUGCACAGUGGCCUGGGGAGUGUGUAACCACGCCUUUCAUUUCCACUGCAUCUCCCGCUGGUUAAAGACGAGGCAGGUUUGUCCUCUGGAUAACAGGGAGUGGGAGUUCCAGAAGUAUGGACACUGAACUUCACCUAUAUUUUUAUCAUUAAAACAGUCUUUUUGGUUUUGUCUGUUCAAAAUGAGUGCAGUGUGUUGCUGUUAUAGUAAAAUACCAAGGAAUGUUGUGAUUGACUAUAAAUUUGACGUGCUAUUAAAGAAUCGUCCUUUAUCUUCUAAUGUACCUGCAUGAAACUAAUUUGUUCCAGUGUUUUAUUUACUUUAUUGCAGGAUAGAUAUAAUCAGUAUAAAAAUGAUAAUCAGCUCGUUGACUGGCUCUGUUUCAUGGACCUUCUACAAGAAGUUUAUCUAUAAUCUAAAACAUCCUGUUGCCUUCAUUAAUAAAAUAAGUCUGUAUGUAUUGGUCAAGUAAGAAGAAAGUACCCAGUGUUAGGAUGCUAACAGGAACCUGCGCUAACAGCAACACACCAAUCACACCCUGUUUCCCUGCCAAUAAACUGUUCAGUCACAAA